GUCGAAGAAGAAGAAGAAGCAGAAGAAGAAGCAGAAGAAUAAGAGGGGCCUAUCGCCAUAGUCAUGAGGCAGGGAGGGAGGAAGCAAGGAAGGAAGGAAGGAAGUAAGUAAGUAAGUAAGGCAUUUGAGAGUUGCAGAGCGAGUUGCAGAGAGUGAGAGAGAGAGAAAGAGAAGGAGAAGAGCGAAGGAGAGAAGGAUAGCGAGAGGAAGAAGGGCUCCUCGCCGAGGGAGGGAGGGCUGGCCGAGGUUCUAUAUUUUGUGUGUGUUUGUGAGAGCACUAGUGGCUGGCCUUGGGAUGUUGAAAAUAUUUUGCCCGCACUUCCCCGGUCUCCAUCAUAUAUCCAGCUGUGGCCUCGGUCGAUCUCGCAGGAACGAAGUUAACUGCUGGCUAUCUCAUGCUGCAGUGCUAUUCGCGAUUACCGGAUUCGUCGUCUGAUAGUAAAGUGUUACAUGUGAAGGAUGGUGAUUACAAGAUUAGAAUGACAUAGCGAUGAUGGCAGCUCGAGAUUGAGAGUGCGAAUGAGAUGACGUUGAGGUUGCGUUGGGAUUAGAUCGAGGGCGGGGACAGUGGCGGUAGAUGGAGCAGAAGGACGGGGGUUGGAAGGCAGGGCAAGGGUUAGGAGGAGGGGGAGCAGGAGGAGGUUUGAUGAUGAACCAGGCCGAAUCAUUUAAGAUGGUGCAGGACGGGAUGGGAGGGUUGGACGUGGGAUCGGAUGAGCGGAAGAGAGCUGGGAAUGCGGAUGGCGUACCGGUCGACGACAAUCUCGCCUCGAGUACCACUCGCCAGAAAGUUGCUGCGGCCAAGCAGUAUAUUGAAAAUCAUUACAAGUCGCAGAUGAAGAGUUUGCAGGAACGGAAAGAGAGACGCUGGACCCUCGAGCGAAAAUUACAAGAUGCCGAUGUGUCUCCAGAGGACCAGCACCACCUGCUGAAAGAUCUUGAGCGCAAAGAGACGGAGUUUAUGCGUUUGCAGCGUCACAAAAUGGGCGUGGAAGAUUUUGAGCUUUUAACAAUCAUUGGACGAGGCGCCUUUGGAGAGGUAAGGCUGUGCAGAGCAAAAGCGACAGGGGAGGUUUACGCCAUGAAGAAAUUGAAGAAAUCUGAAAUGUUGUCAAGAGGGCAGGUUGAGCAUGUGAGGGCUGAAAGGAACUUGCUGGCAGAAGUGGACAGUCACUGCAUCGUGAAGCUUCAGUAUAGCUUCCAGGACUCGGAGUACCUGUACCUGAUCAUGGAGUACCUACCAGGAGGCGAUAUGAUGACAUUGUUGAUGCGCAAAGAUACCCUAACAGAAGACGAAGCUCGUUUCUAUGUAGCACAGUCUAUUUUGGCUAUUCAGUCUAUCCACAAGCACAACUACAUUCAUCGGGACAUAAAACCCGACAACUUGUUACUGGACAAAAACGGGCAUAUGAAACUGUCUGAUUUUGGAUUAUGCAAACCUUUAGAUUGUAGUGCCCUAUCAACUUUACAUGAACACGAGCCUAGCACCGAUGAGGAAUUCCGAGAGCCUAUGCCUAUGGACAUAGAGGGUGGACGGUUACAACCAUCCACGCGUGGGCAGCCGUAUCGUAGUCAGCAAGAGCAGUUGCAACAUUGGCAGCGGAAUCGCCGGAUGCUGGCAUACUCUACCGUUGGCACUCCAGAUUAUAUAGCACCUGAAGUGUUGUUGAAGAAAGGUUACGGCAUGGAGUGUGAUUGGUGGUCGCUUGGAGCAAUUAUGUUUGAGAUGCUGGUUGGCUAUCCACCGUUCUAUUCAGAUGACCCUAUGAAUACCUGCAGAAAGAUAGUAAAUUGGAGAACCUACCUCAAGUUCCCUGAUGAAGCAAAGUUAACGCCUGAAGCGAAGGACCUGAUCUGUCGAUUGCUCUGUGAUGUAGACCAUCGUCUAGGAUGUAGAGGUGGAGAUGACAUCAAGGCGCACCCGUGGUUCAGGGGAGUUCCAUGGGACAAACUCUAUGACAUGGAGGCGGCGUACAAGCCAGAGGUGAACGGAGAACUCGACACCCAAAAUUUUGAGAAGUUUGAUGAGGUGAAUUCUCAGCCUCAUGCGUCAAGAUCAGGGCCUUGGCGAAAGAUGCUGACUUCGAAGGAUGCGAAUUUCGUGGGAUAUACGUACAAGAACUCGGAUGUUUUUAAGGGGAUGAUGAACUCACCUAUUGCGGAGCUUAAGAAGAAACCUCAACCCAAAAGACCAUCCAUCGUUUCUCUCUUUGAUAAUACGAAUACAGGUGCGGUUUCCAAUAGUGAAGAGUCCGGUGGCACACACAUGGACGUCUCAACUGGUCAAACUCUUCAUCCUCACUAUGUAAACCCCAAGGUGGCAGAUAACAUGUUCUAAUCAGGUGUUUCCAACCAUAGUUGACGCUAAAUAUAGAUAUUCGUAGUGAAGAAAAGGUGGAACUAGACCUCGUAUAAUGAAGGGUUUUGUCGUCUGGUGUAUACACUAUAUGUAGUGUUGAGAACAUAGUGUUGGCGGGUUUAUUUUCUUGGAUCUGGUUGAUUUGGUAAGUAGUUCCACAAGGUUUGGAUGGAGUUUUGAAGAAUGCAGUUCUUGUCAGGAUAAAUCCAUGCCAGCUUGAUGCAUGGAGAUGCGUUUCAAGUAUGACCAUGAAAUAUCAUUAGACAUCCUGGUGCUGGGAAAAGCAUACUUGAGUCAGAGUUCCUGAAGUGCUCGCACUAGGACCUCAGUAUUUAGUCAAGGUAAGUUGUAGAAAGAAUCCUCUCGAAGAUUUGUUUCCAGAAGGAGCUCGGCAUCUGAUCUCCACGGGCUUGCCACAAUAUUCGAAUAGCUCAAAAGCCUUUUAAGAUCAAGAGACGAGAAUAUGCAGAAUAGCGCACUGUAUGUACAAUAGACGUGUCCCACAAAUUGGACUUAAUGAAUUUCAUUUUGGGUGGUGCAGGUUACUCUGCUUAUUCUCUCAAAACGUUUUUUUUAGAAAAAAAAAUCUGAAACCAAUCCAUUGA